AUGCUAUCAUACCAGCAACCGCCCAGUACCGCUGGUGCUUACAUCCUCAAGCCUGAACCAGCCUAUUCAUCCCACCACUACGACCGAGUCGGCCUGGUCGACCCCUCUGACGAGUUCCACCGCCUCGUUCGAGCUCUCUCCGACGUCCUUGGGCCUUCCUCAGGUAUCAACUCCGACGAUGUGGACGAAAAUGACUUGAUACGCCUCAUGGAACAAUAUAGUUCCCAGCAAAGCCAUUGGCGUCAUUACGCCUUUGCCGACCUCAGCAGGAACUACACUCGCAACCUCGUGGACGAAGGAAACGGCAAAUCCAACUUACUAAUAAUCGUCUGGAAUCCGGGAAGGUCUAGUCCGAUACACGAUCACGCAGACGCCCACUGUGUGAUGAAGAUCCUCAAAGGGAGUCUCAAGGAAACACUGUACGCCCUCCCGCCCUGCUUGACCGAGAAGACGGAUUCGAAUGGCGCCUUGACCCCGCCACAAAUUGUCAAAGAGUCCGUCUACCACGAAAACGAAGUCACCUACAUCUCAGACAAGAUCGGUUUGCACAAGAUAUCCAACCCUUCCAAUGACGAACCGGCCGUGUCACUCCACCUCUAUACCCCGCCUCAUGCGGCCAAUUUUGGCUUCAACCUAUUCGAUGAGAAGACGGGGAAACCUACGCACAUCAAGCAAGCCGGCUUCUUCUCAGACCGUGGAAAACUCGUCGAAAAAUGCAAGUUCGGAUCUUUUUGA